AUGGCCGCCGACCCGACGUACCCCCUCUACCCCAUUGCUUGCAUCUUGACUGCAGCAAUGCUGUUCCUAGUACUUUUGACCAACUUCAUACGUCAAAGCUGGAACCUCGGUGUCGCUUUGCUAUGUUUCUGGCUGUUCUUGGAGAACCUAACCGGUGGUAUCGAUGCUGUCAUAUGGUCUAAUAAUGCCGACAUCAAGUUGUACGUGUAUUGUGAUAUUGUCUCACACGUACAGAUGAUUACAUCGGUUGCCAAACCCAUGGCCACCCUGGUGAUCACUCGCCGAUUAUAUUUGAUCACCAGUCUCCGAUCCAUCGAAUCUCCUAAACAAGCUGCGAGACGCAGAGAUAUUGCAACAGAGUGGAUGCUCGGCCUGGGAAUUCCCCUCCUCGUCGGAGGACCUCUCUACUACGUGGUCCAGUACUCCAGAUUUGCCGUUGAAGAGGGGUUUGGCUGCUUAAACUCGAUUGACGGCUCGAUUCUCAGCAUCUUGCUUAUCAAUUCGUGGAAUUUGAUAUUGCCCUUGGUAUCCAUCACAGUCUACUAUCCUCAAACAUUUCGGAUCUUCUAUCGCCAGAGUCGAGAGGUCAACCAUUUCCUACAAAGCAAUACUUCGGUGUCUCGCACAAACUACUUCCGUGUCCUUGCCCUUGCGAGCAUCGAUAUUCUUCUCACAAUGCCCGUAGGCAUUGCGACUGUCGUCUUGGCUGUGGAAGACUCUCUGGCUCUUGGGCCUAUCCCCUUCUACUUCGGUUGGACCUACGACCAUACAGGCCCGGGCUGGCAACCGGAGAGCUAUUCCUAUGCAGAGAUGGUCUCCGACGGGACUUUCAACGUAGCAAAUAUAUAUUUCACUCGUUGGACAUCGCCGGUCCUUGCAUUCGCUAUCUUCGGGCUCUUCGGCGUCACACCAGAGGCUCGAGCAUCGUACUGGCACAUCAUCUGUAAAGUCGGCGGCUGGUUCGGUUGGAAGCCGACUCCUCGUGCACGUAGGGCGCGUUCAUCGUUAGGGGACAUGGAAUUUGGCGAAAUGCCUCCUCAGAACUCAAUGUCGCUGGGGCUUGACACACACCCGAGCUUCAUCAAUGAUGCCCGCUCGCAAGGCCAGGUCGUACAGGGCGGAGUUACCGGGAGCGAAACGGGGAAUGGCAUCGCGGACGAUGCGAACGGGGGGAUACGUCCUGCAACAGGCGAAGCAAUUGAGUACCCAGACGCAGAGCGCCCGCCACGUCCUUCUGCCUCCCACGAGACAGGCUUGGGCGAUGCUUCGGCCAGGGCAUAG